ACACCUUUCUGUUCACUCCGCCUCUGUCUGUCCACACCGGGCGGUGACGCAGCGGCAGCAGCAAGUGUCAGGUGUCUCAAAGUUUCACUAAAAAGAGUGACUCGACGGAAGUUCGACAGGUAUUCAGAUAGCUGCCAGAGAUGGAAAGUGGUCCCUUCAAUCGACGGUCCUGGGUGACACAGUCUGUGCGAGUCACUGCGAAGGAGCUGUCACUGAGUGGCCGAGGGAGAAACAAUGCCAUUGCUGAGCGCUUCUCCAAGUAUCAGAGAGCUGCAGAGGAGUCAAGUGCAGAGAAGAAAAAAGGAGCAUCUGAGAGUGCGGCACCCUCCCUGCGGUCAGCCAACCUGAGUGCUCUGAAGAAGCGCUGGGAGCAGGUAGGGAGCGUUGGUCAGGACAAGCCUUCUUCUGUCCCACCGCCUAGCCAGUCCAGCUCUCACUGCAAGCCUCCGGCUCUGUCCAGGGCUGCUUCUGUCACUGAGCACUGUCCACCAUUAAAGAGCCCCGGCCUACAGACUGCUCAGGUAGGUCAACUUGCAGCCAGUCGUGUCCAGAAGCCCUCAGCAGCUCCAGAAGCACCCAAAGGUGACGAACACAGAGGGAUGGACAGGGAUGUGCAGACACAUGAGCAAGUUCCAACCAGCCCCUGUGCCUCUUAUGAAAAACCCCGAGUGCCACUGAACAACCUGAAGAUGAAGUUUGAGAAGGGAGAGGACACCAAGGGUGGCAGGACGACACUACGCAGCACUUCAUCAGAGGACGCGGACCAACAUGGCGGCCUGUCUGUGUCUGACAGAGUGUUGGAGUCGACAUCACUGAGGGAGAAGAUGGCCAAGUUCCAGGCUGCCGUUUCUAAACAAAGCACCACUCGCUCUGGUCUGGCCCCAGAGGUACCUGCACCAAAAGCAUCUGCACCAGUAAAUCAGGAACACAUUCCUGCACCUGAGUGUAAUGGGGAGAGCAGCGAGCAACUCAAAGCAUCUAGGAAGUUCUGCCCACCGGUGCAGGAGACGUGCAUCGUGUGUCUAAAGACAGUGUACCCGCUGGAGAGACUGGUAGCUCUUCAGCAUGUCUACCACAAGAGUUGCUUCCGCUGUGUUCACUGCAGCGCAAGGCUCAGUCUUGCAAGCUUUGCCUCUCUGCACGGUAACGUCUACUGCAAGCCCCAUUACAACCAGCUGUUUAAAGCUAAAGGCAACUACGAUGAGGGCUUUGGCCAUCGGCCUCACAAGGAGCUUUGGGAGCCUCGAGCUGAUGGAGAUGAAAGUGAGGAAGUGGUGAAGACAAAAGAAAAAGAGGGACCAGCAUCUGUGACCCGUCGAGCUGAGAGUAUCUCAGACAACCAGCCAACCCCAAAUGGGGAAACAUCCCCACAGGUUAAGGUUACAGACCUGAAAGUCUUAAUGGAGACACGUGUGCAGACACAUGCCAGCUCAGGUGAGAAGCUCCAGUCUACAGAGAAGCCAGCUGAGAAACGCCGGCUGAGGAUCGCCUGGCCUCCCCCGACUGAUGAGGGCCACUCUGGAACAGCAACACUUAGUCCAGUCACGGAGGGAACUGCUUCAGGCCGACCCUGGAGAGCCAAGUGGCCCCCAGAGGGAGAUGUUUCACCAUCCUUCCAGAGCUCAGAUCGUGCUGAACUGAAGAGCCUGAGGAGGAGUUCUUCUCUAAAGGAGCGCAUUCGGCCUUUUACAAUCGCAGCUAAACCCACCCCGGCAACCAGUUCGGGACCCAGGGAGCCUCGUCGCCCUCUCAAAUCCCUGCUGCAAUGGAGGGCAUCAUUUGAGGAGCAAAACUCAUCUGAAGAACCAUCCAAGGAAAACAAGCCAGAGCUUGAGCAGGUGAAACAGCAGGAAAAGAAAGAGCCGGCGAUCCCUCAAAUACCAAGUGAAGAUGCGGCAAAUACCUGUGACACCAUAUCAGAGGAGGAUGUGAAGACUGCGCCCAAGCGUCAGGAAGACAGAGACAGGCAAGCACAGAAAGGAAAGGCUGCAGCAGACGAGAUGGCGGUAGAAGAGGGCUCCCUCAACAUCUUGCAGUCCCCCUCUUCACCUUUACAGCCAAAACAGAACCGCGCCUCCCAGGAUGUGGGUUUCUGGGAAGAGGACAAAGAAGGAAGUGAUGCAGAGGAGCUGAGUGCAGAGGAUAUAAUCAAGAGGAACCGCUACUAUGAGGAGGAGGACUCCGACCAUUAAGCACAUCUUACUGUCACGUCCAUCCACCAUACAACAGUUCUGUUUUCUAAGUUUAUUGGUAGAUAACAAAUAUAGCUUUGCUAGAUUUUAUAAUGUUACAGAAGUGAUGUGUAAUAUGUAUGUGUUGGUGCAUAUAUAUUGCAAAAACUGCCUUUAAUUGUUAAAGUACAAAUGAUGAUUUUUUUUUUUUUUUUUUUACAUUUUAAUGAUUUACUGUAAAAAUAUAUUUUACAAUUUUUAUAUGACUCCUGAUUACACUGGAAGGUGGGCCUCUAUUAAAUUAGUCAUUGCAUCUCUGGACCUCCUCCCUUGACAAUAUCAGUGGCGUAUAUUUGCAGGUGAUGUGUCCAAAAACCAUUAUACUUUUAUGUGGCACUUUAAGUGCUUUUUAAUGACAGUCACUCUUCUACAUAAAGCAGAUACCAAAAAGCAUACUCAAGUACAGAUGAAGACAUUAUCAGUGUCGGUGCUCCAACGUGUCCAGCGGCCUCUCUGCUUUAUCUCCUCUCAUUGACAAUAUGCAGUUUACUGCUUUGAUUGUUAUUUAGCCUUUACCUUCUCCCACCACCUGAGCAGUCAUAAGUAACUAAAGAUCGUUACAUAUCAUUACAGAUGAGUCAGUAAACCUUAAUAACAUUAUCCUGGCUUGGUAAAAAUACACGUAGAGCUAUACAGAAAGGGAAAUUGCAAAGUGAGUAUCUUAAGCAUAUGUGUAGCUGUGUAAAGGAGGCUUCAUAUAUUAUGUGAUGGGGGUCAGAACUUCUCUGCUAUGGCUCUGUCUGAGUCCAAUUGCAUUUAUUUCAACCUGGCCCAUAUCUUUUCCUGAACUGUUCUUAUCACAAUAAAAGGAAAAAAUAUAAUGAAUCAAGGUUUCUGCUGAUAGCUAUCCUUUCAAAAUAAUAGCACAGUAUACAGUACAUCAUCUCUUUGGGCCUUCUGGAUUUGUGUGUAACAUUUUCAAAUGUGAUUCAGUUUAUUUGGUAUGUAAACACUUUGUAUGUGAAAAUGUGCCACAGAAUAUAUGUUUGCACUGCAGAUUAUUUUCUAAUAAUUUGUAUAAUGACACAUUGGGCUGUUGUUGAAUCAUAAUUAAAUAUCAAUGAUGAAAUCCAGA